AUGGAGCACGAUGCAUAUCAUAGGGUUCAGCUUGGGAGGGAGCAUUCUCGCCACGUUCACGGCGAUACAUCCUCAUAUCGCGGACAGUGCAACGAUUAUAGCUCGAGCAGGGCUUGGAGGAAAAAUGGAAGUGGUUGGUGGGAUAGAUUGCGGCGCGAUGGAGAAUGGAUAUUAGAUGAUUCUAGUGAACACGCUAUAAUUGAUGAGCUCGAAGGAAAUGAUUCAUCCAAGGAAGGUUGGAAAGAAAGAUUAAAGUACAGAAAAGGCGAAUCCGAGCCGGUGGAAAGGUGGGAGAGAGAAAAUCAUACUGAUCAUAAAGCGAGUGUGGUUAGCAUUUUCAGAUAUGGGAAUAUUUUCAAUCUACAUGAAUCCUAUCGUAAAUUGGCGAAUAGCAAUCUUAAGAUUCUGAUGAUUCUAGGAGAAAACGAUAGUGUGUUUCCACCGGAAUAUGUGAAGAGGGGAUUAAGUGCUCUGAGUUGGAAGAAAGAUGUUAAGCUGAUGGAUGGGGCGGGACAUGGUAUUGUGAGAACGCAUUCGGAGGAAGUAGCUGGCCUUAUGAGGCGUUUUGGGAGGUGUGUGGAGUUGUGA